GAUAAGUUGAAGAAACAUGGCGUCGUCUAAUUUGUUAAAGUCUUUAUGCAUGUCUUUGUGUAUCUCUGCAUCUCUGUCUUCUCUUUCCUUCUCUCACCCAACACCUCCUUUGUGUUUGCUGGUUUUCAUCCUUCCUCUUCUUCCUCCCUCUCCACCCAUCCCAUAUCUCACCUCCAGAACAAGGGGUCCCUGCAGUUUGAGGACAAGUGGGAUCUGAUGCGGCCCAUCGUUCUCAAGCUGCUCAGACAGGAAGCCGUCACCAAGCAACAGUGGUUCGACCUGUUCUCAGACGUCCAUGCGGUGUGUCUAUGGGAUGAUAAAGGACCAGCUAAAAUCCAUCAAGCUCUUAAAGAGGACAUCCUAGACUUCAUAAAACAAGCACAGGCUCGGGUUCUGAGCCACCAGGAUGACACUGCACUGCUGAAGGCUUACAUCGUGGAGUGGAGGAAGUUCUUCACCCAGUGCGACAUCUUGCCCAAACCCUUCUGUCAGCUGGAGAUCACGCUCAUGGGAAAACAGGGCAGCAACAAGAAAACCAACAUGGAGGACAGCAUUGUACGGAAGCUCAUGUUGGACACGUGGAACGAGUCGAUCUUCUCCAACAUUAAGAGUCGCCUGCAGGACAGCGCCAUGAAGCUGGUGCACGCUGAGAGGCAGGGGGAGGCCUUCGACUCGCAGCUCGUCAUAGGAGUACGGGAGUCCUAUGUGAACCUGUGCUCCAACCCAGAGGACAAGCUGCAGAUCUACAGGGAUAACUUUGAGAAAGCCUACCUGGACUCCACAGAGAGGUUUUACAGAACACAAGCACCGUCUUACCUGCAACAGAAUGGCGUACAGAACUACAUGAAAUAUGCAGAUGCAAAACUAAGAGAAGAGGAGAAGAGAGCACUCAGAUAUCUCGAGACACGUCGCGAAUGUAACUCUGUUCAAGCACUAAUGGAGUGUUGUGUGAAUGCUCUGGUGACAUCGUUCAAAGAGACCAUCCUAGUGGAAAGUCCUGGGAUGAUCAAACGAAACGAAACAGACAGGCUGCACCUGAUGUUCUCUCUGAUGGACAAGGUCCCCAGCGGCAUUGAGCCCAUGCUGAAGGACCUGGAGGACCACAUCUGUAACGCUGGCCUCGCUGACAUGGUGGCUGCUGCAGAGACCAUCACUACUGACUCGGAGAAGUACGUUGAGCAGUUGCUGACUUUGUUUAACCGCUUCAGUAAGCUGGUGAAGGAAGCCUUCCAGGACGACCCUCGCUUCCUCACUGCAAGAGACAAGGCUUACAAGGCCGUGGUAAAUGACGCCACCAUCUUCAAACUGGAACUGCCAACCAAACAGAAGGGUGUUGGUAUGAAGACUCAGCCGGAGUCCAAGUGUCCGGAGCUGCUGGCUAACUACUGUGACAUGCUGCUAAGGAAAACCACGCUCAGCAAGAAACUCACCUCAGAGGAGAUUGAGCUCAAGCUCAAAGAAGUGCUGCUGGUGUUGAAGUACGUUCAGAAUAAAGACGUGUUCAUGCGUUACCACAAAGCACAUCUGACCCGGCGCCUGAUUCUGGACAUUUCAGCAGACAGCGAGAUUGAGGAGAACAUGGUGGAGUGGCUGAGAGAGGUAGGAAUGCCUGCUGACUAUGUGAACAAGUUGGCCAGGAUGUUUCAGGACAUCAAGGUCUCAGAGGACCUCAACCAGGUCUUCAAGGAGAUGCACAAACACAACAAGCUCGCACUACCAGCGGACAGUGUGAACAUUAAGAUCCUGAACGCUGGAGCGUGGUCCCGCAGCAGUGAGAAGGUGUUCGUCUCUCUGCCCACGGAGCUGGAGGACCUGAUCCCUGAGGUGGAGGACUUCUACAAGAGGAACCACAGCGGCAGGAAGCUGCACUGGCACCACCUCAUGUCCAAUGGCAUAAUCACCUUUAAGAACGAGGUGGGGCAGUACGACCUGGAGGUGACCACCUUCCAGCUGGCCGUGCUGUUCGCCUGGAACCAGAGGCCCCGAGAGAGGAUCAGCUUCGACAACCUGAAACUGGCCACAGAGCUGCCCGAUGCAGAACUACGGCGCACACUCUGGUCUCUGGUGGCGUUUCCUAAGCUGAAGAGACAGGUGCUGACCUAUGACCCCUCUGUCAGCACCCCCAAAGACUUCACAGACAGCACCAUCUUCUACGUCAACCAGGAGUUCUCGAUCAUCAAAAACUCCAAAGUCCAGAAGCGUGGAAAGAUCAAUCUGAUUGGCCGGCUGCAGCUGACCACUGAGCGAAUGAGAGAAGAGGAGAACGAGGGAAUCGUUCAGCUCAGAAUACUCAGGACUCAGGAGGCCAUCAUCCAAAUCAUGAAGAUGAGGAAGAGAAUCAGUAACGCCCAGCUGCAGACGGAGCUGGUGGAGAUCCUGAAGAACAUGUUCCUGCCUCAGAAGAAGAUGAUCAAGGAGCAGAUUGAGUGGCUCAUCGAACACAAGUACAUAAAGAGGGACGAGACGGACAUCAACACCUUCCUCUACAUGGCCUAGGAGCCAGGAACCAUGCGCUCUGUUCUUAUUUACCCCUGGCCUGUGAGCGGCGCUUUGAAACGCUAUUAGAGGAGAAGGAAAAGAGGAUGUGUGUUGAAGGACGAGGAAGAGCAUUUUCAACAAAGGUGGGGAGAUUUCUGUGUUUGUGAGACGCCAGUGUGUUAUGGAGGUGAGAGUCUGUCCUGCUGCCCUCUAGUGUUAGUGAGAGGGCCGCAGUCAGCCAGCAGCUGCCAUCAAACAGACAGACAGACAGAAAUACUUCCUGCCUUACUUUGUCGGCCAUGGACUGCAGAGGAGGACGAGCUGAUCAAUCUUUGCUUUCACCUAAUGCCACAGCUGCACCUCUCAGUGGCAGCCCUUCUGCACCCCUCCUAUUCUACAUUUGUCUUGUUUUUUGGAAUAACAAUGCAAAAAAACUGGGAGUGAACGCUGAGAGCAUUGAGGAGGAGAGGACACGGAGACAGAGAUUAGUUAAAACUACCAAGGAGUAUUUUGCCAAACUGUGUGUGUGUGUGUGUGUGUGUGUGUGUGUGUGUGUGUGUGUGUGUGUGUGUGUGUGUGUGUGUGUGUGUGUGUGUGUGUGUGCACUUUCAACAGCAUGCUGCUCUGUGAUUUGUUAAUUGAAGGAUCUGUCACAGCUUGUGGUUGUGUCUGAGAUGGUGGGGAAAUGAAAAGCAGACACUAAUGAAAUGCUGGUUUUUCUUUAGGGCUGUAUAGAAUAAUAAAUUACAAAGAAAAACACAAGUAUAAGAGAAAACAUUGGAAAUGAGCUGAGGUUAAGGAGGUCAAAUGUACAAAAACACGACGAGAACAAUAUUCAUAGGUCCCGCAUGCUUAGAGGGGAAACGUCGCCCCUGCAGGCGAGCAAAUGCAACCUUGAUUAAAAUCACAAAUGUCACUAGUUUUGACGAAUAAACAAUGUAAACAUUUGGGAUAAUGUAAGUAUACGCAAUAUUUAACAUUGUUCAUUUUUAGGCAUUUCAAAAGGGAACAUGUUACAUAAUACAUGUCUUUGUUUUGUUCACAGGGUUGUGCACUUUCAAAAACUCUUUUUUGGGCUAAAGCCAACACUGUCACCCCAAAAUGGACAAAGUGUGUAUCUUCACACUUGACAGAAAUGUCCCUGCGUUGUCGCUGCUCAGACAUGAAUAUAUGGAUUUAAAGGGUGACUCCUCCAUCAGGUGAAUACAGGGUCUGUUCAGGGGGAGAAUCAGCUGCUGAGUCAAAGCAACAAUAUCACUUGGGAUGAAAUACUUUGCAUUACAUAAACACUGCAUUUUAAAAUGAUUUAAAGCACACAUUGUUCUCCAAAGUAAUGCUACAAUGUCAUGUGACAUGAUUAGUGAGUGAUGUGCUCUGACUGUAUUUCUGAACACGAGAGCAGUGAAGAAGAAGAAAGACAACAGUGAAUGUGUGGGAUUCAAUUUGUUUUAUAUUUAUUCUAUAUUUAUAAAGAAUGUUACUUUCUUGUAUUUGAAAAGUUUUCUUUUCCAUGUUUUGUUUUUGGAAAGGUGUACGGGCUGAUACAGUAUGAACUCCUGUGUGCAAACUUCACUUCAAAAAAGACACAAAUAUUUCAGCCUAAUUUAAAUAAUUUCCCACCA